AUGGAUCAUGAUCUACUGCUGAAAGAUCUGUUCCACAACGAAACAAAUUUAAUCACCACGCCUCGAGGCGAUGACUACAUUGAUAUGACACUUUUACAUCCAGAGUUAGCACAAAUUACAUUGCCAGAUGUGUUAAAUACAACGGCCAAAGGCAAGAUAUUGCUACAGAAAGUGGAGACCGGAGCUGAUUUGGGUGACAGAAAGGUGCUACUGUCCAUGGCCAACCAUCUCAGAGGUCCUAUCAUGAAGUAUUGUGAAAGGUGAGGGUUUUGUGUUUUGGAAAGAAAGUUUUUACCAUUUUAUGUUUUGUAAAGAAAGUUCUUGCCAUUUUAUGUUUUGUAAAGAAAGUUCUUGCCAUUUUUUGUUUUUUAAAGAAAUUUCUUGCCAUUUAUAACCCAUUAUCUUUAGGCCAGGCUUUCCAAGUCGAAACGAGCAGCGAGUAUACCUAAAACACCUCUUUGACCCAUACCCAUUCUUGACCAUUCAGAUGUUUGUCAGCAACAAGAAACAACAGUCCGGUUUCCUCGAGAACAGUAUUCGUAAUGCUCGACGAAGAGAUUCGAAGCACCAACUACGCGGAGCCGAUGGUGCUGAAUUCGCAAAUUCCGGAAAUGAAGCCGGUACCAGUGGUACCGAAUUUGGUACUAAUGGUGAUGACAUGGAAUCGAAUGGGUCAAGAGAGAGCAGGAAACGAGAGUUCAGUGCGUUCACAGAGAGCGAAGAGGACUCUGACUCACAAGACGCUUCCACUUCAGGUCCAAAAGUUUGUAGAACUGAUGGUACUAAUGGUGCUGAAAGAUUUUCAAAUUCUACACUUGAUGGCACAUCUCAAAUGGCAUUUAAAAACGAAAAGAAAAUAGAAGAACUACCGACUGGACUAGUACAUCUACUGGAACUGGCUGAACAACGACUAGCCGAAGAGAAAAGUAAUCAAAUGUUAGCUCAGAAAGGUACUACAAUAUCUGUUUUAUCAUGAUAUAGCUUUGGAAAUGUCAGGUUUUGACUAAUUUUUUAUUUAAGAGCUAAAACAAUAUCAAGUUGUAGUAGAUUUUGCUCAAAUUUUAGGUUAAAAUCCUUAAUUUUAUUGUUUUCAGGCCAGAAUCUAUCAACUCUUGGACUAAAUCCAACAUCUUGUGAUCUAAACUCACCAUCUUAUGUUAAUUACGGACCGAAUCCAACAAGUUACGGGCAAGCUUCAUCAGUUUAUCCAUCAAAUUCAUCAACUUUUGGACCAAACACAACGUUUUCCGGACCAAUCUCUUCAUCAUAUGGCUCAAACUCAACGUCCACAUUGCAACAGAUGCUUGGCCAGGCUCAAGGACAAUCCUAUUAUGACCAAUCCGCUCAAUUACCUGCUCAAAUCCAAGCCGUACAGCCGUCUAUACCCGUUUCCAAUGUUAACAUGGGCCAAAAUCCGAUGUUUCAUGCACAAAAUGAGCCGUUUGGCUUGGAAAAAGGCUUGAACAACAUUCAAGACAGACUUUCCGGACAAGAAAAGAGUUUGACUGGACUGGAAAAAGAUUUGGCUAUCCUGCAAAAUCAACUAGCGGAUCAGAAGAAUGAAGUUUAUGCCCAAGAACAAGGGUUUUCGGCCGGAAAUCAAGGUUUUCCGACCCAAAACCAAGAAGAAUAUGGUCAACAAAGCCCCGAUAAAGACCUGUAUGGCCGGCUAUCGAACUUCAUUACUACUAUGGCCAGUAAUAUGAAUCUACAACAAGCUUCACCAGCAAUGUCAUCAGGAAACAUGGGGAUUUGGAAUGGUUUGGCCAAUUCCGUAGCUCAAAAUCAGGGAAAUUUGAUGAAAACUGGGGACAAUAUGACUAAUGACAUGCCUGUUCUAAUGGCGCAGGACCCGAUUGGUACUGCUGGUUAUAUGGGACAGAAUCAAGCUGGUACUGCAGGCUAUGCGGGUCAAAAUCAGGCAGGUAUUGGAGGUGUUAUGGGCCAAAAUCUGGCUUCAACUUCGAAUUAUAUGGCAAAUGGUGCAACUGGAACAUCGAAUUUGAUGCCAAAUGGUGCAGCUGGCACAGCGAAUUUUAUGUCCAGUAAUGAAGCUGGUACUACCGAUUUUAUGGCUCAAAAUCAGCCAAUUUUGGCCAAGCUUUUAGCUCAAAAUCCAGAAAAUUUAUCACAAAUUUUGGCCGAAAAUUCGAAAAAUUUUGAAAUUCAACCAGCCUCGAGCACGGCAAAUGAAGGCUCAAGUUCAGAAGUCAACUCUACAUUAGAUGUAGACGAAAUGAACCCAGCCAACCUACUCAGCAGCCUGUAUCCAUGCUCGUCGAAUGAGGAAGAUGAUGAACUCAACGAAUCGAAUGAACGAACUAAUGUAUCCUUGAGGCCUGAGCUGUUGAGCUUGAAUAUCUACGAUCUGUUGGACAAGAAUGAGGCCAAAUUGAAUCUGGAAGAGAGGUUGAGGAAGGGCGAGGAGCUGAACAGGAAAGACUACCUUUAUAUGGCCAAUAUGAUCAGGGAUCCGAUCAUGAAGUUGUGCGAGCGGUAAGGAUGAGCCAUCAUACUUUAAAACAGUACAAUACAGUACUGACUCUUAUGGUUAAUAUGGUACUUUUUUGAAAGGGUGGUACUAUUUUUUAACAAAAUUGUGCUCUUUUUGAAAAAUGGUGCUAUUUUAUGAAAAAUGGUGCUAUUUUUUAAAAUGGUACUUUUUACUGAAUAGUGGUACUCUUUUCGAAAAUUGGUACUAUUUUUUUACAAAUGGGUAUUUUUUUGAAAAAAUUUUUUGAAAUUCGGGCUUUUACGGAAAAUGGUGCUUUUUUUGAAAAAUUUUACUGUUUUUUGGUAAUUGGUGCUGUUUUAGAAAAAAAUAUUUUUAUUGUACCUUGCCUUUAUACCCUGUUUUUCCCUAUCCUUGUCAUAUCUUGCCCUACCCUCGCCAUAACCUACAUUUGCCAUACUCUACCGUACCAUAUCCUACUCUAACUUACCCUGCCCUACCCUACAUUUUUUGUUACCUAAAAUUUCAAUUUUAGGCCAAGCUACCCAAGCAGGUUCGAACAACGUGCUUUCCUUGACCAUUUAUUCAAAGACCAUGCCAAUGUUGAUCUUGUCACAUUCGUUGGAAACAAAAAACAAACGUUGGGCUGUCUUGAGAACAGUAUUCGAAAUGGCAGAAGGGCUAAAAAGCUGAGGGAAUUGAAUAAAAAGAAGCCUAAGAAAGAGAAGCCGCCUAAGGAAAACAAUGGAGAACCACAUGUACCUAAAAAGAGGGGCAGGAAGAAGGUAUGUAGAUAAAUUUAGCCUAUAACAACACUUUUUAAGCCUACAACAUCACUUUUUAAAUCAAGAUAGAAAAUGACAUUAUUUAUUGUAGUUGCUGAAGAACAUCAUCAAAGAAAUGAUGGAAGCAAACCUACCCCCAGGCGAAGCACCUCCAGUCACACCACACAGAAGUCGACGACCUCAAGACCCAGUAUCAGUUGAUAUUUUAAAUCCAGAACUGCUAAGCUUGAAUGUCAGAGAAAUGCUGGGUUCAAAUCACAAAGGACAAGUACUAUUGGCCAUGCUGGACACCCAAGAACCAUUGCCAAAGUCAGAGUUUGCCAAGCUGGCACUGCAGAUCAGGGAACCCAUCAUGAGGCUUUGUGAGAUGUAAGUGGGGUUGUCAUGGUUUAUAUAUGUAUAUAUUGAUGUUUUGACGCUUUCCAGGAAAUAUUGAGAACACCAAGAUUAAAAAUUUACAUUUUGAAUUUCCCGCCAAAUUGGCAUUGUGUUUUAAGCUUGUAACUUUGUCAUUUCUUGACUUUUAAUCAAUUUUCUUUGACAUACUAGUAGAAAACCAACUUACAUUUUUAAAUUUGUAAGCUUUGUUUGUCUGAAAAGUCGAAAAAAGUGCUUGAAACACAAUGCCAAUUAGGCGGGAAAUUCAAAAAUUUAAAUUUUGAAAUUGAAAAUCAUGAGCUAAAAUUUUUUAUGGGUACUAUUAGUGGUACAAAGAACCUAUAUAAAAAUUUUGAGCUGAUUCUGAGUAGGGAUGGUUAGGUAGUUCCUUUGGUAUUUGCACGGCGCAAGAAGCAUAAAAAAUGACUGCACCGUGCAAGCGUUAAAAAUAAGCUUGCACUGUGCAAAUUAUGGGUUUUGAAUCACAAUAUGAAAAUGAAUAAAAUGACAUACAUUAGGCUUGAAAAAGACUCUAGUUUAUUUACAAAAUAUUAUGUUAUCCAAAAAUGUCAUAAAUUUUGCAAAAUUUCAAUUUUUCAGCGAAAACCGACCAAGUCGAGUCGAACUCCGUGCCUAUUUCAAACAUUUGUUCCAAGACUUUCCCAACCUGGUCCUAACUGACUUUGUCAGCAACAAAAAACAAGAUCACGGGUAUUUAGAAAGAAGUAUUCGAAACGCUAAACGCGUCAUCAACCAGAAGAAUGCCAGAAUCAACGCGUUGAAACAACAACAUGAAGAAGCCGCGGCCACGGAUGAAACGGUAGGGAAAUGGCUUUUGAACUGAAAAUGAGGUUUAUUGGGUUAAUAUGUUAAGGUGUGGGUGUAAAAUGUGAUUUUAUAUUGGGUUUUGUUUUGGCAAGUUUUGAAAAAUGGAAAUUUAGUGGAAGAUUAUCAGUGCAAAUUGCAUUAGAAAUCUUCCACUUGACUUUCUUUGACAAAAAAGUCGUUUUUAAGGUUUGUAAAGAAAACUUUUGAAAUUUUUUAAAUUUUUGUAUCUUUAAAAAUUUUCGAAAUUCUAAAAAUUUCAAAAGUUUCAGUUCUAAUGUAAAUUUUUUUCAAUUAUUAAGGCUACAAAUGGCCAAAAUAGUACUAUUACAGUAACAAAAUAGUCUCUAAAGUCUCUAAAGACCUGUUUAUAAAAUACAAUUCCAGAUAGCAUCGAUGUCAUUCUCGGAUUACCUAAAGAACCCGAUGAAGCCGGGCCGCAAGCCCCGAGGCAAUUAUGUGAAACGAAAGAAGGGACCAAUUGAUAACACUGUCAGUAUCGUCUACAACACCCAAAGUCUACCAUACGAUGGUACCAAGUCUCCAGGACACGACUCGACGCUAGAAACAGAUGGUACCAAUGGCACUAUCACCGGUAUGGAGGGUACCAUGGCAUAUACAGAUGGUACUAUCGAUUACUCAAAUAGUACUAAUAAUAUGACGUUUAAUGAUGGUACUAUGGCGAGUAUUGAUGGUAUAAUGGCGAAUAUCAAUGGAUCCAUGGUUGGUAGUGAUGGUACAAUGGCUAGUAUUGAUGGUAUCAUGGCAGGCAUCAAUGGUUCAAUGGCAGACGACGAUAUGGCAGGUAUCAAUAGGAUCAUGGCAAGCAUCAAUGGUACAAUAGAAGCUACAAAUGGUACUAUAGAUGGUAUUGAUAGUACUAUUGCGGAGAAUGGACAAAUAGGUCAGAUUGAACCGGUUGAAAGUACAGUAAUUGGGCAGGACAGUAAUGAUGAGGUACGUUUUUGUUUUGGAAAGAAAGUUCUUGCAUUUUUGUUUUGUAAAGAAAGUUCUUGCUAUUUUACGUUUUGUAAAGAAAGUUCUUGCUAUUUGAAGUUUUGUAAAGAAAGUUCGCGCUCUUUUAUGUUUUAAAUUUUUAGGUAUCAAGCAAAGUCCCCCUAGAAGGCUAUCAACUUCAUGAAAACCUCAAGGAAAUGACAAUUCAAAACCUACUGGGAUCAACAAUAUCCGGUCGAAUUCUACUACAUCAAAUCGAAGAUGAAGCCAUCGUGCUUCAGAAGCAGGAGUUAAACGAAUUUUGCAAAUAUAUCAGAGAUCCGAUCAUGAGGUUCUGCGAACGUGAACUAUACCCAAGGAGACACGAAAUGAGAGCAUUCCUGCUACAUCUAUUCGAACCCUACCCUAAAAUGAAGGCUUAUGUGGUAAGUUGUAGUAUCUUAAUCAGAAAUUAAAGUUAUCGGGAGGUUUUACUUAAGUUUUAAAAAGUGGAAAAUUCGUGGAAGAUUUUCAGUGAAAAUUGCACUAAAAAUCUUCCAUUUGACUUCCAUUAGCGAAAAAGUAGCUGACUUUGGAUUUGUAAAGAAAUUCAUUGCCAUUUUGUGUUUUGUGACAAAAAUUUAUAAAUUUUUGAUAUCUGUAAAGAAAGUUAUUGCGAUUUUUAAAUUUGAUACCUAAAACAACAAGAUUUUCGAACUUCUCAAUUAAAAACCUAACUUAAAUGAACUCUAAUUUCAGCGAGAGCUCGUCUGUGACAAGAAGCAACUCCUCGGCCUUCUAGAAGACAGUAUUCACGGUAUCAGACGCCGUCUCCGCACCAAAGGCAUCCUCCCACCUCCAGCCGCCGUUCCCAAUCUAGACAAAUCCUUCAUUUCCCAAGGCGAACAAAACCCAGUCCCGAAUGAAGAGGAAUCUCAAGAACCGGAAUCAACCUCAAACCCAACAGAUAUGCUUCUACAGGCCGCAUUGGCCGCGAUUCAACAACAACAACAGGAAUAG